AUGAGGAGGGCGGCAGGAUUUUAUCACUCGCUGGUCAAAGGGUCGGCAAGGGAGGUGCGAGGGACGUGCGAGGGAGCGCGAACGCCGCGACAAGGAACGCUGGCCAGUAGAGCUUGCGCUUUAUAUCCGCGCUCAUCGCGCGAGGUGGCCGUGGUGGCCACGGGCGUCACGGUCGGCGUGAUUCUGACGCUCGUGCUCAUGUCAGGCACGGCGCGGCUCCGCGACAGCGCGCGGUUCAUCGCGCCCCGCAGCGCGGAUGCACACAUAGAGCCGCUUCCGGUGACUGCCGCGUGCAUCUCGGGCCUCACCUCGUCCUUCAUCAUGCGAGGCGUCUACCGGAAUCUCAAGGAAAACCUCCUCGACCCGUUUGAGGCGGACACCUUCGUUCGCAUAAACCCCGACCACAGGCUUCAGGCGCGCGACUUGGAACUUCGAAUCAAGGACCUGCAAAUGGCGAUGGACGAGAUCGAGCCGGUGCGGGCGUGGAUCGGCGUGCAGGACCAGUACAAGAUCGAGGACUGCGGCCCGCCGCCCGAGCCAUGGCCGGAUCUUGGCUGGCACUGCUUCUGCAAGCUCUCUUACCGGGAAAACGAGCGCUCCCAGUACGUCAGCCUGGGGCGCCACCACUAUCAAUCAAUUCAGUUCUUGCACAUCCAUGACUGCGGCACAAUGAUUCGUGAGCACGAACGCGAGGCGCGCGGGGAUGUCAUGUACUCGUACGUUUUUCGUUUGCGCACCGACAUCAAGGUCAACGCGUUCGACCCCCCUUCGCUCUACGACCGCGUGGAACAGCUGCGGCGCAAAGGGCAUGCUGAGGCGUGCCUGGCCCCGACGCGCGGCAUGUCUAUCGAGUUCGGCGCCGGGGACCACUUCGGGUUCUGUUCGCGGGGAGCCGCGGAGGGCCUGUUUGAGUUCAGCAGCUACAUCAUGUCGGACAAGGUCUUCAGCGAGCGCCUCGGGGACAUCGAUGACUGGACGUGCGUGCAGGGUAUCUCGAGGCCGCCGCAGGAUGCCGCUCGCUCGCUGGCAGACGCUGAGGUUGCCGUCCGUGCAUUCCUGCACGACAGUUGCAUUACCCUGCUCGGCAGUACACCGCCUUGGAAGGCGCUUGCGCGCACAAGCACUGCCUAUUCGCGGUUGCAUCUCAGCGCGGCACCUUUUUCGCGCUUGAUUGAGCCCUUGGAGAAGAUGCGCGGCGCUCAUCGACGGCUUCCGUGGCGUUGCGCUGCAGCCCCGAGUACCUGUACACACACUACUUGA